AUGAUUAGACAUGCUGUCUCGCCGCGACGCUGCGGCCCCGCCCUGGGCCGCCUCUUUGCUUCAACGGCUGCGGAGCCGCUCGCGCCCGCCACAACGUGCGUGCGGCAGGGCCACGAGCUCGACGUCUCGAAGCUGCUGCCCCUCCUCGCGGACGCCGGCGCGAUCUGGUCGGCCGCCGAGAAGGUCGCCGUGUCUCAGUUCUCGCACGGUCAGUCGAACCCGACGUACCUGCUGUCGUUCGAGGCGGGUCCGCGACUGGUGCUCCGCAAGCAGCCGCCUGGCAAGCUCCUCCGCGGCGCCCACGCCGUCGAUCGCGAAUUCCGCUGCAUGUCGGCGCUCGGCGCGACGGCGGUGCCGGUGCCCGCGAUGCGGAUGUUCUGCGACGACCCCGAGGUGCUCGGCACGCCCUUCCUGGUGUGCGACUACGUCUCUGGCCGCUUCUUCGACGACCCGAAGAUGGGCACCGCCGCCUCGCCCCAGGAGCGCAGCGCGCUGUACGGCAGCUUCCUGUCUGCGAUCGCCGCGUUGCAUACUGUUGACUACAAGGCGGCCGGGCUUGGCGACUUUGGGAAGGAGGGAGGCUACGUGGCGCGGCAGACGAAGGUGUGGACGUCGCAGUACCGUGCCGCGGAGACGGAGUCCAACGCCGCUUUUGAGAAGCUGCUCGA